GCAUGUCCCGUCGCAAGCAAGCGAAGCCACAGCACCUCAAGUCGGAUGAGGACCCUUCAAUUGUCGGGGUAAUAUCCGAAAAUGUCCCAGGUGAAGUCGUGGAUGAUGCAGACAGUGGAAACGAGAGCCGGAGCGGCAGUGAGGAGACCCAUGUGUGUGAGAAGUGUUGUGCGGAAUUCUUCAAAUGGUCCGACUUCUGUGAGCACUUGAAAAGCUGCACUAAGAAUCCCCUGGUGCUCAUCGUGAAUGAGAACGAGGCCACUCCAGACCCCUCCCAGGAGUACCCGGGGGAACCCUCACCUGCUCCCAGCUGCCCCAGUGACCCAGCAGACAGUGAGGAAGCCGGGGAGGGCAGUAGUUCCCCAGCCGAGGGUGAUGAUGGGGCAGAGAUGAUGCUGCUGGAGAGGGAAGCUGCCCCGCUGGAAAAAGACGACGAACCCAUGGAGGUAGAGAUGUCCCCUGAGAAGCCUGUGGUGGACCCAGAGGACCAGGAUGCUUCACCCGAACCCGAUGCCCCCCUACCUCAGAUCGAUGAAGCUGUCCAGCCUUCGGGGAACGAAAGCUACACCAUGACGAGCACAAACGUCACCCUAGAGACACUGCAGAGCACUCGCGUGGCUGUGGCCCAGUUCUCUCAGAGCUUCCGUGGGGGGACCUUGGCCGGAGGUGUCUCCACCAUGGCCAUCCCCAUGAUCCUGGACCAGCUGAUGGCACUGCAACAGCAGCAGAUCCAGCAGCUCCAGCUUAUCGAGCAGAUCCGAAACCAGGUGGCACUGAUGCACAGGCAGCCCUCCGCUCAGCCAGCCCUCAGCCACCAUGCUCCUCAUCACAGCACAGGCUCAGCCUCUCAUGGAGCAUCCUCCUCCUCCUCCUCCUGCAUCUCAGCAGUGCCCAGUCAAUUGCAGCUUCACAGCUUCAUGACACCUCCGGUCCACCAGCUGCCAGUCAGGGUUCCGCCCACUUUGAAUGGCCAGGGCCCUGCAUCGUUAACAUCCGCUCUCGAGGGUCCCAUCAGCCAUGCCUCACAGGCAGGAGGCCAACUGGGCAGUGCUGGGCUGUCCAACAGCACAUCCACCAACUCUUCAUUCUCUCCAUCCAGCAGCAAUGUGGUGUCUUCUUUACUGCCCCCGAGCACAAUGGCUAACACAAACAGCAUCAGUAGUAGUAGUGCUGGAACAUUGGGUGGCAUUAGCAGCAGUAUGACCCUACACAGGAAUUCCACUAGUCCCUCUACCUUAUCCCAUGGCAGCCUCUUGAGUUCAUCCUCCAGUCUCUCAAAUAUGCCCCUGAUGACUCACAGUUCCUCUAGUAGCGUCAUAUUCCCCAACCCACUUGCUAGCAUCGCAGCCACAGCUAAUGCACUCGACCCCCUCGCUGCUCUGAUGAAGCAUCGGAAGGGCAAGCCGCCUAAUGUGUCCGUCUUUGACACAAAGCCUAGCUCUGAUGAUCCCUUUUUCAAACAUAAGUGCAGGUUCUGCGCCAAGGUGUUUGGCAGUGACAGCGCUCUUCAGAUUCACCUGCGCUCGCACACCGGUGAGAGGCCAUUCAAGUGCAACAUCUGUGGCAACCGCUUCUCUACGAAGGGUAACCUAAAGGUACACUUCCAGAGGCACAAAGAAAAAUAUCCCCACAUUCAAAUGAAUCCCUAUCCAGUUCCAGAGUACCUGGACAAUGUGCCCACAAGCUCAGGCAUCCCUUAUGGCAUGUCCCUUCCUCCUGAGAAGCCCGUCACCACCUGGCUGGACAGCAAACCUGUCCUUCCCACAAUACCAACCACAGUUGGCCUCCAGCUCCCACCGACCCUCCCUAGCAUGAUUGGUGGCUAUAGUGAUUCCCCAAGUCUUACACCUUUAAGCAGAUCACCUCAAAGGCCAUCUCCACCGUCCAGUGAGUGUGCUUCUCUGUCUCCUAAUCUGCUCAAUCCUGAGGCCAGUAUGUCUCACACCUCUGAGUCACCUGGGCCCAUGGCCGCCGGGAACGAUGCACCUCCUGUGCUGAUACCUGAAGGGGUUCACCUGCCACCCAACUGUACCACAAGGCCCGGGGAGACCACUAACACCAACAACACCUCCAUGGCCCAGGUUGCUCUUUCGGCAACUGUCACCAUGACCACGACCACCACUCAGAAUACCAACCACCCCACAACUCCUCCCACUUCACACUCUUCCCAUCCUAUGAUUUCUGACCAGUUCAAGGCCAAGUUCCCUUUCGGGGGGCUCCUGGACUCUAUGCAAACCUCUGAAACCUCAAAGCUGCAGCAACUAGUGGAGAACAUUGACAAAAAGAUGACAGAUCCCAACCAGUGCGUCAUCUGCCACCGAGUGCUCAGCUGCCAGAGUGCCCUGAAGAUGCACUACCGCAUCCAUACUGGAGAGAGACCCUUCAAAUGCAAGAUAUGCGGCCGUGCAUUCACCACCAAGGGCAAUCUUAAAACACACUUUGGGGUUCACAGAUCCAAGCCCCCACUUCGGGUUCAGCACUCUUGCCCCAUCUGCCAGAAGAAGUUCACUAACGCUGUGGUGCUUCAGCAGCACAUCCGAAUGCACAUGGGAGGACAGAUUCCGAACACUCCCCUACCAGAGGGAUUUCAGGACAUGGACACUGAUCUGUCGUUUGACGAGAGGAGCCUUGAUGCUAUGAGCACUUAUGAUGACGAUCUCCUCGAUGAAAUGGAGCAGGCUAUGGAAGACGAGGCAGAUCUGAAAGAUGGAGAAAUCGAUCCAACCAAACCCCUCAUGUUCUCAUCAGAGAUGUCUCCAGGAAGCUCUCCUCCAACCUCUGUCAUCUCCAGCAUCGCCGCCUUGGAGAACCAGAUGAGGAUGAUUGACUCCACUGCAAACAUGACUCGUUGUUUUGGACAGAAACCCAUGGAAAAUGGGCUCCGCUUUGGGGGCGAGAGUGACCGCUUCAACGACUCCUCUUCGGCUGUUGGUGACCUCGAAAACCACAGCGUGGGGAGCCCGGCCCUGUCAGAGUCGUCUGGCUCCAUGCAAGCGCUCUCCCCAACUCACAGCCAAUCUGAGAGUCACCGUUCCAAGUCCCCGGGCACAAGAAACAACACCGGCGCUCCAGCCGAGGAGGGCCAGAGACAGGGACAGGGACAGGGACAGGGACAAGAGAGCAGUGUUGCGACAGCCACAGUGAAGUCUGAACAAUCAGAAACACCUUCCCCUGCUUCUGCAAUAGAGAACAAUGGAGCUCUGGACCUCACUGCAACCCAGCCUGGAGGGCAUUUUAUCAAAGAGGAAAAUCAAUUCAGCAUGCUGUUCUUAGGCAGAGACAGAGGUUUUGGCGCUCCCGGCAUGGUUACGGCAUCCAACAUGAUCAAACUUGAGAUGAACGGCCACGGCAGAGCGGCCUCAUUAAGUGAAGGACCCCACCUGUCCAUGGGGAUCCAGGUACCCGCUGCUGCACCUCAGACCGUGAUGAGCUCCAACCUCACACCCAUGUUGGCUCCUCCUCCACCCCGUCGCACCCCCAAGCAGCACAACUGCCACAACUGUGGGAAGAAUUUCUCGUCAGCCAGUGCGCUGCAGAUCCAUGAGCGCACUCACACUGGAGAAAAGCCCUUUGUGUGCUCCAUCUGUGGAAGGGCAUUCACCACCAAGGGAAACUUGAAGGUCCAUAUGGGCACCCAUAUGUGGAACAAUGCCCCUGCCAGGAGAGGGCGCCGUCUUUCGGUUGAGAAUCCCAUGGCCCUGUUGGGUGGUGACGCCAUGAAGUUCAGUGAAAUGUUCCAGAAGGAUCUGGCGGCGCGGGCCAUGAAUGCGGACGCAGGGUUUUGGAACCAAUACGCGGCUGCCAUCAGCAACGGCCUGGCCAUGAAGAACAAUGAGAUCUCCGUCAUCCAGAAUGGAGGUAUCCCCCAGCUGCCUGUCAGUUUAGGUGGUGGUGGUAUCCCCUCACUGGGGGGGAUGUCGAGGGGGAUGUCAGGAGGCAUGGACCGGGCACGUACCGGCAGUAGCCCCCCUAUGACCGGGCUAGAGAAAGCCAGCCUAGAGGUGGGGGCUGGACGUCCCUUUUCAAGAUUUAUUGAGGACAAUAAAGAGAUUGGGAUCAAUUAAUGAAAGACUUUUAGGCGGAGGAACACAAACAGAAGGACUGAGACUGUCUGAGAAUGUGGAAAAGUAACUGUUAAUCCAGUUUAAUCCAGUUUGAUUAUGUACUAUAUUAUGUACAGAUGACUUUUUUCUGUUUGGUUUUUGGAACUAUAGUAUUCAGUAUUGAUUAGAGGUAUUCACCUUCCUCCCAUUCCUCCUAAUUCACUCAUAUGAAGAAACUUUGUCUCUUGUUUGAGAAUCUGUUGUCUUGCAAGAUUUGCAUGGUACUUAUUUGGUUCCUAUCAGUAUGUUUGACUGCUUUUGAGGAUUAUUUUCCAAAAAAGAUAAAAAGAUAAUAUUGAUAAUAAUCUAAAGAUUGAUGAUGAUGAUGAUGAUGAUGAUGAUGAUGAUGAUGAUUAUCAUGAUAUGUUGACUCGGUUGAUAUGAUCAAGCUUCGGAGGGUGAACACUGAGAUCUAUUAGACUGACCUUUUUGUGCAUAGACUGUCUGGACAUCUGGUUCCUUAAACGAUAUUUGUUUUGAGACACAAGGGAGUGAAACAGGUGAGAUUGAAGUGACUUUGUUUUAGUGCUCGCCUAAUACUUUUUUCUCAUGAAGUAGAAACUUGAAAAAAAAAUUUGAACUAUUUUAAUCUUUACAUUUAGUCUUUUGGCAUUGUCUUAUAUUAAUGUCCAGUGUCUUUAGUAUUUAUAUUGACAAAAAAGCGGGUAUAAGAAAAUAUAUUUAAUGCCCCCCUCCCCAUCACCCCCAUUUUAUUGGUCCUGUUUUUUAAACUUCAGACUUCUAUUAUGGAUAUAUCUUUCAAUAAAGAUAAAAAUGGCAGUUCAUUUGACCAAUAAACACACAUUGUGAAGUUUUAUUUGGAUAUCUAGCAUGGAUAUGUGUAAUAGGCCAGGAACACAGAGAGGAAGCUGAGAUAUCUAAAGCUGCUAAUUCCCACAAAACCUGCUUUUAACCUUUGUAAAAAGAAAAGAAGAAGAAAAAAGACUAUCCUCAGAUAUUAUUAUGUAUAAAAAUAACUAGUAUGCAUAUUUUGUAAGACAUGAUAAAAAAGGACAUCCGAAAUCGAGCAUAUUUGUCAUGAUCGUGAAUGCACUUUUUAGCGGAAAAAAGGUUUUUGUCUGUACGAUUCCAUUAAUGUUUUUUUGAUUGAGCUAUCACUUGUUGUUUUUAUUGUGUUCUGUGCAGAGUCAGUCUGGACUUUGAGCCGUGAGCAGCGUUAUGAUGAUACCUAUGCUCAACAUCAGGCUCUGGGUCUCAGUCGCUCCAUUAAAUCCUAUUCAAAUAAAAAGAGAGAACAGGAUGUGUAUACUGUAUGUGUGUAUGUGUAUGUGUGUGUCCUGUGAUGCUAUUGCCCUUGACAACCCUGGGAAGCGUUGUGAAUGUUUUUCAAUCAUCGCUUUAGCAGGCGGUGAGAUGACAACACAUGGUGGAAAGGUGGUACUCUCUAUAGUUAUAAUGGAAACUAAUUUGCUCUAGUAUUUCGGAGCCAGUGCUUACCUCUUCCACUUUGCAAAAGAGGCACAAAUAAAUGACUUUAUGUGGGUCACAUGUGAGCAGAAUUCAGAGCAUCAGUUCUUUGGACAGCAGCCUUAAAUGAGUGAGCAGGGGCAAGGGAACUACAGAGGCGAGGACUUGUGCAAAGUCUUCACCGAAUAACAAAUAUCUCUAUAAGCUAACGUGUAUAUUUAUGUAUGUUGUUUAUCUGUUUCUGAGCCUAUUUUGUUACAUUAAAGUCCCCUUGGAUGAGUCCGCUUCAAGAGAAGAUUAACAAAUAAGAAAAAUGGUAGAGCAUAUCUACUCUCCGGAGUCAUUUCUCAGACUCUUUGCAUUUCCAGCUCUGUCUUUGCACUGGUCUGCUUUCUUUGCUGUCAAUUUACAAUUAAAGGACCAAGCUGUAAUUUAGAAAAGCUUCACAGCAUCAUACUUAAAACAUAUUUUCCAUUCAGAAAUGUGCGUCUCUUGAGGAGAUGCUCCCUGCAACAUUAAGGAAAUGUUUUCAUUAUUGUGUGAUUGGCACUGGCAGUGCUAUUCUGUGGCUUGCAUUACAUUUGUAUGUGGUCACAAUUUUUAUGCAGGUCACCAUGAUGGGUUGCGAGAUUCCGCAAAUCCCUAAAACCCUUAACAAACCCUUACAUGGUGAUCAUAUUUUAGAAAGGCCCCGUUGUUGGCAGUUUGUUGUGUCAUAGGGAUUUGAGUUAAGUCCGAGGGCUAAUGUUAUUAUCACACUUGGUUGUUGCCGUUUUGAAGUUUUUAGGGAGGGAAAAAGUGUUUGCUUGCGAGGAAAACUGCGAAGAGCAGCUUAUUUCUGAGGGCUUAAUGGGACGGGUUUGUAAAGUUCACGGGUCCACUUGGCCUCUGGCCUUCUAAUCUGGGCUGACUGUGCAACCAGUAUAAGGCCUCAACUACGUGUGAAUACGUGCAUUCCUGCCCCUUGGAGCCAAGUAAAAUGGUGUGUGAGUCCAUCUGUGCUCAGGUAAUAUGGAUUGCAGUCAAAGGACAUCAGAAUAAGGCAGUGCCAGUGAUCUCACCAUCCCCUUGAUGUAUCAGUGCAGCGGUACUUGAAUGUUCAGCACACACUGAUAUGUAUUCCAACAGAGAUGUGCAUGACCAUGGAAGACUGUGAAUCAAUUACAGUUUCAUUCUCAGUGAAAGUGAGACAUAAAGAAAUAAAAAAAUAAUAACAUUGCA